AUGAAGCUCAACGCCGGCAUUCUCGUCUGCUCGUCUCUGGUGAUGACUGUCCACGCCGCGUCCAUCCGGAUGUGCUAUAAUGCAGAUUUCGUGGACUGCAUCGACGUCGCUGCACCGCACGGACAAUGUGUGUAUGUCAACAAGGCGUACAACGACCACGUCUUUUCCGCAAAGGUCCCUAUCGGCCACCACUGCGACUCGUACGAUGUCGCCUGCCAACCCGGGUCUCUGUUGAUCCAGGGUAUAGAUCGUGAUGGAUACAAGGGACUCCCUGAAGGCCAUCGGGUCAGUGGGUUUAAGUGUUAUGACUAG